AUGGAGAUUGACUCAGACAUCCCUCAGUUCCUUGCUUCCCAGAAGCAGCAGGCUCCCGCCUCCCUUCAGAACUACUACAACACCUUCGAGGACCUCUACGAGCGCAAGUUGUGGCAUCAGUUGACAUUGGCGGUGCAGGAGUUUGUAUCAAAGCCAGAGUCAGGGCCUCUCCAGGUGGGCCUCUACAACAACUUUAUCUCGGAUUGGGAGGCAAAGAUGAGCCAGCAGAAGCUGGUGUCCUUGGGUGUCUCUGCCGCCAAGCAGAUCCGAGAACAUAAGGAAGCGAGAGAGUUUUUGAAGACACUGACGGAAAAGGUCAACAAGGACGAGACGAGGGAGGCGUAUGUGUUGGCAAAGAUGGAGACGACUCAUUUCGGACUGUUGUUGGGCGAUCUGGACACGACCAAGAAGGAUUUGGAGGAGUGUGGAAAGUACCUCGAAGGCUUUGAUUCCGUCGACCCUCAGAUCAACGCCAGUUUCCUCCGCGUCUCUGCCGACUACUACAAGAUCAAGGCAGACUAUGCCAAGUACUACAAGAACGCGUUGUUGUACUUGGCCUGUGUCAACAUUGAUGACCUCUCUACUACCGAGAAGGCCAGCCGUGCCAACGACCUUGCCCUCUCAGCACUUCUCGGUGACUCUAUCUAUAACUUCGGCGAGCUCUUGAUGCAUCCUAUCUUGGAGUCGCUGGUUGGAACGGAACGUGAGUGGUUGAAGAACUUGCUCUUUGCUUUUAACAGUGGCGACAUUGGAAAGUUCGAGGCCCUCGCACCUCACUUUGCCCAAGAGACCAUUUUGCAGUCGAACAUCACGGCGUUGCGUCAAAAGAUUUGCUUGAUGUCGUUGACAGAGACGGUGUUCAAGCGCAAUUCUGACAACCGGUCGAUCCCCUUUGGAACGAUCUCAUCCGAGACCAAGUUGCCAUUGGAGGAGGUCGAGAUUCUGGUGAUGAAGGCGCUUUCGUUGGGAUUGAUCAAGGGGUCGAUUGACCAGGUGGACGCCGUUGUCCGUGUACACUGGGUGCAGCCCCGUGUCCUUGACAGGAAUCAGAUCAAGGGCAUGCAGGAGCGUCUUGUCGCCUGGAAUGAGAACGUGAGGAAGACUGCCCUUACCAUGGAGGCCGAGGCCGUUGAUGUCUACGCUUAG